AUGUUGAGCACGAGGACAGCCACCGGCUUGCGGCGCGGUGCACGAGGUACAUUCUCGCAAUCACGGUCCUUCUCCUCGCACAACCCACCGAAACAGAGCGAGCCAUUGCCGAGCCCCAAGGAUGGCCCCGAAACGGACCAUCGUGAUUCGGCGACGUCCACCGAUAGCCACGUCUCAUCAGCGACAGAGCUGCCGUCAGUAACAGACAGCCGUCGGAGCGACCUGAAUCAACGAUUUAGCCAGGCCAUGGACAAUCUUCAAGCACGAGUCCUGACGGCUUCGCAAACUCUCAACGACAUAACCGGGUACUCGUCCAUCGAAGGAAUCAAGAGAGAGAACGAGAGGUUGGAGGUGCAACUGGCCGAGGCGCACGUCAGGGUCCGAAACGCGCGUCAGGCAUACAAGACGUCAAACACAAAACGAGCCACUACGCAGCGGGAAGUCACGACUCUGCUCGCUCGAAAAGACACGUGGUCUCCGGUUGACCUCGAGCGAUUCACGGAACUAUACAGGAUAGACCACGUUCUCGAAGGAGAGGUAUCGAGCGCCCACGAAGCCAUGACAGAAGCCGAGGCAGAGGAGCAAAGCCUGAGCCAGCGUCUCAGCGCCGGGAUAUUGAAGCGUUACCACGAGGAGCAAAUUUGGAGCGACAGAAUUCGACGGGCAAGUACAUGGGGCACGUGGGGCCUCAUGGGCAUGAACUUUAUCCUCUUUGUUGUGCUGCAGUUCUUUGCCGAGCCCUGGCGGAGAAGACGACUCGUCAAGGGCGUGGUCGAAGAAGAGAAGCACGUGUUGGAAGCAGUCCGGGGCGAGCUGGAAGCGGUCAAGUUGUCCCUGGCCAAGAAGGAGGAGGCCAUCGCGGCCCCGGCGCCGCGGGUGCAAGAGUCGUUGGCAGUGGCGCCCGUGGAACAAGAGAGUCCGACUACCCCCUGGACGGAGGGUACUUGGAGGGACUUGAUGAUGAGCCCGGCUCGUUGGCAGGCUGUUGCAGCCGACUUGGUCAGCGAGAGACGGGCUGGCCUGCGGAUGAAGGAUGCUUCUGCGUUGGCACUGCAAGGGGCGGUGGCUGGAGCAGCAGUUGCCGGUAGUGUGGUGAUGCUGCUCGUGAAACGGACAUGA